AAAAAUCUGAAUCCAAGGCUAAUGAUUUAUCAAACUCUUAUUAUCAAGAAAAUGUCAGGCGAAGGGCACCUUGCUAUGCACUGACGCAAACCCAAUCUUUCCCACGGAGGUAUAGAAAGCUGUACCCUUACCAGAGCUAAAUUCAGUCCAUCUAAAGCCUUUACUGCUGCUUUCGUGUCCUAUCUGUUGCUGCUGGAAACAUGGACUAUUCUGAGCAGAGAGACAUGACCAAGCAGCCCACUAACAACCCUGCUCCCUUGAACCCUGGAGGACAGCCUGACGGUACUGCUGGAGUUAUAAUUAACAAGCCUGAACAGGACCAAACCCUACCUUCCGAGGUCCAUCCACCAGCACAACAAGCCAAGGUUUCUAAAUCUCCAUACACUGAGCAGAAAACUUUUUCGGCGGUUGAAGCCAAACCAAAUGUACCAGAGGGGACCACACUAGCUGGGACGUUCAAGAACAUCAGUCCUGCUCAAGCCAAUUCUGCAACUCGCAAGGAUUCUAUAGAGCCCGUACCGCACAAGGAUGCAUCUACAACUGUGUAUAGCAAAUUUGUGCCUCCCCACUGCACCGAAGCGGUACUCAAUCAAAGUAUUAUGAAAAGCACGGUGGAGCAAAACAAUGCCACAGGCAACUGGACAACCAUAAGCCAGACCACCGUGGUAUUAGGCACAGAUGGUAACACGUCUGUUCUGCCUGGCACCGGCAACGGGGAUGGUGAUGAUGAUGAUGACGAAGAUGGGGAUGAAAACAAAGUCAGAGGAAACUGGUCAAAUAAACUGGAUUUCAUCCUUUCUAUGGUUGGUUACGCUGUGGGUUUGGGAAACGUGUGGCGAUUUCCCUACUUAGCUUUUCAAAAUGGAGGAGGUGCGUUUUUAAUCCCCUACCUGAUAAUGCUGGCUCUCGCCGGUGUCCCUAUAUUUUUAUUGGAGGUGUCAUUGGGCCAAUUUGCCAGCCAGGGCCCUGUUUCUGUAUGGAAAGCUAUUCCUGCGCUCCAAGGCUGCGGGAUUGCCAUGUUGAUUAUUUCUGUUCUAAUAGCCAUAUAUUACAACAUUAUCAUGUGCUGGACUAUCUACUACCUGUUUGCCUCGCUUGGAUCUCUGCCGUGGGCAAAUUGCAAGAACCCGUGGAACACACCUGACUGCAAAGACAAGGACAUGCUUUUGUUAGAUUCCUGUAUAUUGCGCGAUAAAAACAUCACGUCUAUUAAAAACACUACCUUUUGUAUGUCUGCCAGUGUCGCCAGUAACCUGACCAGGAUCACUAACGUCACAUUGGAAAACAAAACUUUUGUCAGCCCUAGUGAGGAGUAUUUCAAGUACAAUGUGCUGCACAUCUCUAAAGGUAUUGAAUACCCAGGGGACAUCAGGUGGCCACUAGCCCUGUGCUUGUUUUUGGCCUGGGUCAUUGUCUAUGUAUCGCUGGCAAAAGGAAUAAAGUCAUCAGGGAAAGUAGUGUAUUUUACAGCUACGUUCCCCUAUGUGGUGUUGGUCAUUUUGUUGAUCAGAGGAGUCACAUUGCCAGGGGCUGGAGCUGGAAUCCUAUACUUUAUAACACCUAAGUGGGAAAAGCUAAAUGAUGCUAAGGUGUGGAAGGAUGCUGCUACUCAAAUUUUCUUCUCCCUGUCUGCAGCCUGGGGUGGACUAAUUACUCUCUCAUCGUACAACAAAUUCCACAAUAACAUUUACAGGGAUACGAUCAUAGUGUCGUGUACUAAUAGCGCUACCAGCAUCUUCGCAGGAUUUGUCAUCUUCUCAGUCAUCGGGUUCAUGGCGCAUGAACUUCAGGUGCCUAUUGAAAAAGUUGCUGAUGAAGGGCCUGGCAUUGCCUUUGUAGUUUAUCCAGAAGCAUUAACCAGGCUUCCUCUCUCUCCAUUCUGGGCUCUGAUAUUCUUUUUAAUGCUGUUGACUCUUGGGUUGGACACAAUGUUUGCUACCAUCGAGACAAUAGUAACAUCUGUUUCUGAUGAGUUUCCCAAGUACCUGCGUAAACACAAGCCUAUUUUCACGCUGGUCUGCUGCAUAUCAUUUUUCGUGCUGGGAUUUCCCAUGAUAACAGAGAAUGGAAUGUAUAUGUUGCAACUUGUGGAUACAUAUGCUGCCUCAUACUCCCUGGUCAUCAUUGCAAUUUUCGAACUAGUUGGAAUUUCAUAUAUAUAUGGAUUGCAAAGAUUUUGUGAAGAUAUCGAAAUGAUGAUUGGAUUUCAGCCAAACAGGUUCUGGAGAGUUUGCUGGGCUUUUGUCACGCCAACUAUCCUUACAUUCAUCCUGUUCUUGAGUUUGUACCAAUGGAAGGUUAUGACCUAUGAGGAUUAUGUGUACCCCACGUGGUCAAUGGUGCUUGGAUGGUUGAUGGUAGUGUGUUCUGUCAUUUGGAUUCCUAUUAUGUUUGUGAUUAAAAUGCAUCUGGCCCCUGGCAGUUUCAUUGAGAGGCUUAAGCUGGUCUGUUCUCCACAACCAGACUGGGGUCCGUUCUUGAUGAAGCAUCGUGGAGAACGCUACAAGAACAUGAUCGACCCCCUGGGAACCAACUCUCUGGGGCUCAAACUACCACCGAAGGAUUUUGAAUUAGGAACUCAGUUUUAGUGGCACGAUCUGUUCUCCGUCCUUUUUAUUUAUUUAUUUAUUUAAUUUUGGUAAAUUCCACAGGAUCUUAGUCAGUAUCAUCAGAUCUAGAUCUUUGCUUAUUUUUGGAAAUGUGUUUUAUUAAGUGGUUUCCAUGAGGAGCUGAUGCUCGUUACAGUCGCAUACUUGGGGAGGUCAAUUCAGAAUAACAUUUUAACAAAAUUACUUACUGUAUAUUGUCUAGAAAAGCUGUCUGGCUUAAUACUGUUCCAGCGCUGCAGUUCCAGAUGUCCUUCAAGGCAUUUUUCUGCUUCACUCUAAUUUAUUACAAAACUGGCACAGACAGUAAACAUUUGUGCCCCUUAUAAAUUCAAUGACUUCUAUAAAAGGUUGGCAUUUACCAGUACCUCUUUAUAGACUAUACAUUUGUAUAAAAAAAACUAGUUGAAUAUGUGAAAUAAAAAUGGUAAUUGUGGCUACCAUUGCUUCCAACAUUUAUCCAACAUGAAGUCAAUUUACAGUUACCAGUAUGUUUAUACCUAAUGUAUGUAAUAAAUGUAGUCCUGGUAUCCAUUUUUAUUUUCACCAGUAUUUCAAUUAUUAUUUUUUUUUAAUCAUAAGGUACAUAACAAAUAUGUGACUUGUGCCUAAUUCUAUAUUCUCGCAGUAGUUUAUCUGUAUGCUCAGUUUUACACAAUAUUGAUGAUUUUACUCUUGCAUUAAUUAGAACUGCCCAGCUCUUGUAUAGUUCUGCAUUGUAGAAACUAGAUGUACUUUUCUCUCUUCACUAAAGGGGAAAUUAAUUGCACCCCAGAUGUGUAUGUAAACUCUUCAAUACAUAUUCUCUCUUAUAGAAACUUAAUAUAGAUGAAUGAUUGUUGAUAGCUUGUAACAUAUAUGUUUAUGAUGAUCCGUUUGCCUCCUUUUUAAAAGAAAAAGCCAUCCAGAAAAUAUUGAUCUAUACUUUACAAUUUGCAGAUGUAUUUGAUGGCCAUAUCCGCAGUGCAGUGAUGUUAUUGUUCAACAGUACAUGUUGUGAUCUAGUUGAGGGAGUUGUGGGCCAUUCCCCCUUACAGAAUCAUUUGUCAAGUAGAAUUAAAAGUAAACUAAUAAGAGAGAAUCUGUAUAGCUAUAACUGAGCUAUAAUUGGCAAAUUGUCUAUCUAAUUGUUACUUGUACAAAUGUACACUUUUUCAAAAGUAACCAGUGUUCAUGUAGUGUGUACUAGUGUUGUCAUGUCCCUCUUAGUAUCUUAGGAUGUAGAGAUGGUGAGAAUAGAAUAGUUUAGGAACACGUUUUUCUUAAACUGUUAUAGUCGGAAAUCCUCUAGUUGACUUCAGGGGACCGUUUCGCCAUUAACUUGUCUGUUUGUCUUCAUGUUACAGGGUCUCAGGUAAACUUAUGUUCAUAAAUUCAAGAUGUACUUCAAAUAUCAUCACUCGUAUUUUAAAGCCAUGUGUUACUUUGAAAAGAUUUCAGAAAAAAAAAAAACCUUCUGGAAAAAAUAAAUAAAUAAAUAAACAACAAUAACAGGGAUAUUAUACCUUAAGGUAUUCUGCGGUAGCUUCCUGUUUCCUGUUACAUUUAGGCCUGUCCAGUUGAAGCCACUUACAGACAGGCAGAACUGUGACUCAAGGUAAUUUUCCUUUCAGGCAGCUCAUUACCAUACCCAUGACUCUUCACAGCUGUCUUAACGACAAUUAUAACAUAAGUGCAAAACGCAGAUUUGCACUUCUGUUGGUAAUGGAAAAAUACACUGCUGGAUUUAAAGGCUUUUUAUUCAUCAGACUUGUUUUAAAGCAACAAAUCUUUAGAUGAAAUAGCUUUGCUAUUUAGCUAAUAGAGCAAAUAGCAGAAAAGCCAUUUUCCAGUACUGUAACAGUGUGACAUAAUCAUAGAGCAAACACCAAUGUGAGGGAUAUGAACAUUCCAUUUGAACAGUCAUUACACACCGUGUAUAUGAGGCAGGGUUAUGAACCAUUGUGAACCAUGGCUUUUAUAAGAGCAUUUCAUGUACACGACACUGUCCCUCGUUAUGUAUAUAUACUUGAAUUGUAUGUGGGUUUGAAGACUUGCCUUGCUACAGAAACUCAAAAUUCAUCAUCUUUCCAUACUUUGGGCCAUACUUGUAACCAAUUAACCAGUAAAUCCAUUGCAGCUCUAUGUAUUUCUGUACUUCAUGGCCCUUGCCAUAGCAUAAUUGCAGUCAUUCAGUUAUUACCAAAUACAAUAGUUUUUUUUUUGGAACCUUAGCUUUGUUUGCAUUCUGUAGAACAACCCACACUGUUUCUUCUUUCAGCCAUUGCUAAGUAAACAAUUGACACAUCUUGAAAAGAGGUCAGUUCCCUUGGGAGAUCAGGUGAGCUCGAUAUCUCUGCAAUAGGGAGGGUUAGGACAUGACUAAGCCAAGCUCAUGAUGCAUUUCCCACUCAGCACCCAGUUUGAGAUAGCUUUUCUGAAUGAAGUGUUCUAAAAGUUAUGGGCAUAUAGACAAGGUUUAUCCUAGUGACUAUAUACUCCUAGUUGAAUCUAUGGGCCUUGUUAUACGUAGAUUUCAAUUCUGCUGUUGGUAAAUAAUUCAAAUACGGCCAUCGUUGAUGUUUAACAUACAUUAAAGAGAACUAUCAUCUGAACUCUUAAAAGAAGCUGCUUUUCCUAAAAACGCUGCUUGGAAAGACAGCUCUAAAUGAGAGGAGUGUUAUAGAUCUGCCACUGUUUAGGGCAAUACAAAGCACUGUAUAUCUGUAUUCAAACAGCAUGUUUUGUGGAAGUCCAUUCAAUGUUAACAAAACACACAGGGCUACCUUUUGAAAAACAGCAAAAGCGCGGCAACAUUUUAUACUACUUCAAACUCUAAUAGUUGUGAAGGUUAGUAUCUGACACCCCACUUGCAUUGAAGGUGUUUCUCUGCAUCCGUCAACAAUGAAAUCCAAUUUUACUCUAGAGCAAAAGUGUAUAAAUAUGGUUCCCUCUGUUAUGUGUUUUGCGUGAUGUCCGUCCUUUCAUAGUUUGUUUUGUAACUCAUCUCACUUCAAAGGGUGCAUUUAGCCUCACCCAUCCCAGCGUGGUACAGAAUUCACUGUCACUCUCAUUGGUGUGAAGAAGGUUAUCCUUUAGCUAGACUGUUCUAAUUACACAGUCUGUAGAAUAUUAUUAUUAUUAUUAUUAUUAUUAUUAUUAUUAUUAUUAUUAUUAUUAUUAGUAGUAGUAGUAUUAUUAGUAUUAUGUAUUUUGUUGCCUACAAGUCAACUUUGCUAUAGAUAACCAAAGAGGGAGGAGAGAUUUAUGAUGGGUAAAUAAAUAAAAAAUAAAUAAGAAAUGUGAGAGACUGAGAAACUGCCAGUCAUGUUUCAUUUGUGUUCAUUAUAUUUACAACAUAGUACAAAAAUACAUCUUCAGGUAGCCAUUGGCCUUAUAGAUGUGUUCUAAUUUUAGAAAUAUAUGUAUUUAAAUAAUAAAAAUUAUAAAAAUAAAUAAAAUAAACAGAGUAGCCUAUAGUCUGCCAUAUACAGUAUAUUAUAUCUCUCAUGUAGUGUAUGUCGUGUCUUUUUUGGCACUUCAUUGUGGACCUAUCACGGCAUAGGUUUAAUUCUUAAUUACUUGCGUAACGUCAUAUAUUUGUGUGUGUUCUCCCUGGGGUGCUGCUGCCUAUGGAUAUAGAUAUGUACCCCAGUCAGGUCCUAAAACAUAUUUAUUUGCCAUACAGAUAAAAUAUAAAGAUAUAAAUAUUAUGUUUUGAAUAUUGUGCCAUAUGUAUCAUAGUAUAUUACAUGUCAGAUGCAUUAUUUAUUUUAAAAAAGUCAUUAUUCUUGAGGCCCUACCUCAGAUUUUGUAUUUAUGUAUACAAAUGCAAUUUAUGUAUUGUAGAUUUGACUAUAUUACAAUGUUAUGGACUAGAGUUUAUCCUAUCCUGUAUAAGUUCUGAAAUCACUAAAUAAAUGUCAAUGUUUUAAACGUCA